AUGAGGAUCGGUUGCCUUCAGUUUGCUCCCCAGGUGGGCGAUGUUGACAAUAACCUCAACCGCGCCGACUCAGUCUUGAGCAAAGCGAACCCCGACGAUCUAGAUAUUCUAGUACUUCCUGAGCUGGCUUUCUCAGGGUACAACUUCAAGUCGUUGCAACACAUAUCGCCCUUUCUUGAGCAUUCCGGCUCCGGAAUAACUUCUCUCUGGGCUCGAACUACGGCUCUCAAAUACAACUGCAAUGUCGUUGUUGGCUACCCGGAAAAGGUCGACGUAUCCGACAACUGGCCAACCAGUCCGGAGUACUACAAUUCGGCCAUUGUAGUCAAUGGGGACGGAGAGACCAUAGCCAACUAUAGGAAGACGUUCCUUUACUACACUGAUGAGACAUGGGCUUUGGAAGGUCAGGCGUUCUUCGACGGCUUCAUUCCUGGGCUGGGAAACGCCUCGAUGGGUAUUUGCAUGGAUCUGAAUCCGUACAAGUUUGAAGCCCCCUGGCACGAGUUUGAAUUCGCUUUUCAUAUACUCGAGUGCGAGUCCAAUGUGGUCAUCAUGUCAAUGGCAUGGAUGACCCGGGAAGAUGCGCGCAUGUUUAGUCGCAUGCCGAACGAACCUGACAUGGACACAUUGACUUAUUGGGUCACUCGCUUGGAGCCUUUGAUCAGAUCAGAAAACGGCGAGGAGGUUAUCGUUAUCUUUUGCAACAGAACUGGUAUCGAGGACGAGGCUGUCUAUGCCGGCACGAGUGCGGUCAUUGGCAUUCAGGACGGUGAGGUCAAAAUCUAUGGUCUCCUGGGUCGUGGCGAAAAGGAACUACUGGUCAUUGAUACCAACAAUGCGCCUUACGCCAAGCUCGUUCACCGCCCCGAACCCAACCAUCCAUCAGUUCUACAUGGAGAGUUGGAGAAGAUGAAUCCAUCACCGGCAUCCAGCACACCGACUGGGUCCGGAAGCUCUCAGUCGUCUCAAACCAACAAAUCUCAACCGAACGAUGCAGCAAACACACCGACCGGCUCGAAGAAGAAUUCCCCAGGAAAGCCUCCUUCUGUUAUUCCUUUCAAAGACUCAGUUGCAAUAAGGAGAGUCAGACCAUCGCCGCAGAUUCAGAUUCCUCCUCUACAGAGCUCAGCGGGGGCACUUAGUCUGGAUAGCCCAAGCCUACCGACCCCCACUGCACCUAGCCCUACGCCACUUUCCAUGCGACCGAAGUUGGUUAUACCGCAAUCUCCAUCAUCGCAAAUCUGGCAGUCAUUCAGUCCUGUUCCCCAGAGCACGCAGUCGACUCAUUCGGUCCGCUCAGUACUCUCAAACCAUUCCGUCACAUCGAAUGGUAGGGCGCCUGCAGAUAGCACGCCUUAUCCCGACAGUGCCCAGCCUCUAAGCGGAUACCCCAGGUUUCCAGAGAGGAUGAUCUAUGACGGCCAGGUAGUGAUUGCUCAAGCCCCUUACAGCCCUAUGACUUCGACAGGUAGCCAGUCUCCUAUGUCGCCUCGUUACUUCUGGCGACCAUCAGACACUCUUCUGAAGACGCCCAUGGAACCUCGUGUUAGGACAGCUGCUCCGGAGCCACCGAUCAUGAAGCAUGCUCCUUCAUCGACGUACCAGAACCUCUCGAUGUGGCCACAGUUUGAUCCUACGGGGCGCUCUCAUAGCUCGAAUACUGUCCGAACCGCCGUCACGGCUGUGACAGCCAAAAAGGACGAGACGGAUUCGAGAAAGCAGAAGAAAGCCGACUCUUCCCGGCGUAAAGAAGCCCAGCCGCCUAAAUCGAGAAGUGCAAGCAAGUCGCGCAACGAAGAACCCUCACUAGCCGCGAAUGGAGCCACCCAGACGUCCUCUACUCACGAUGCCACUCCUGCCCGUCCCUCGUCUCCCAAGUCUCGUCACGCCAGUCGUUCUAGAAUGCGCGACCGCUCCGACUCAGCGCUUGCUCAUCGCGUGCAGGCUGCGGCAAUUACUCAGCACUUGGAAAACAUCUCCAAAAGAGCAGAAUCAGUGAACAGGGAUCGAAACUCCCCGAAUGACACCGAGGCCGUUCAAGUUGAUCGUCCAUCCUCUCCGAAAUCUCGCAACUGUAGUCGUAGCCGUCCUACGAGAAGACUCUCCUCGAUCCUGAUCGCCGCAAGUCCUAGCAUCUUCCCGGACGAUUCUACGCGACCGGCUUCCGCUGCUUUGGUCGAAGGCCCCAAGACGGAACAACCACGGUCCAUGUCUAGAAUGGGACAUCGUGCAAGAAGCGAGUCCAUUUCCCAUGGGGGCAGAAACGCCUCGAGGGAUACACGUACUCGAGCGCGAACCCCGGUGCCCGAUGCCAGAGUUCCAAAUCGACCUGCUUCUCGCACCGCCAGUCGAGGUCGCCAACCCGGGCCGGUGUUCUCACCACCCAAGAUGUCGCCGAGUGAGAGACCUCCGACCGCCAGGGGAAUGUCAGCCACCCAUGCCACUCCUGUGAACAGAAAACGAAGGCCAUCCGCAAACAACACUUCCUCUACCUCUCCUGGCAAUGCACCUGCAGACUUUGAAAAGAUUGAGGCGGUUCUUCACCCCAGCUGUCCAGUUCAUGGGCGACAUUCGACAAGCGGCGUGCGGCCACCGGAGAACGCAGCUACUCAAGAGCCUAGCGAGUCUUCUGACUUGGCCCUCAGGAGAUCUCUCUCGACUCCCGCCACAGCAAACGGCAGUGCGGUCCAGUUCGGGUCGAUAGAGAGCAGCAUUUCGCAAAAUCCACGAUUUUCAGCCAUUGCCAACACGCAGCCGAGCGAUGUGACCUCGCUCUCUGAGACGGUCGGGACGGUUUCGACAACUAGCCGUUCGCCUUCUACACCUUUUUUCGAGCCAAAGACUCCGACUGCCAUGGUGAUCAUUCGGGACCUGGAGGACGCGGCCUUUGGAAUAGCUAGUCAGGAGAAAGAGACUGGCUUGGCGGAGUUGAGGUGCGUGGAUAGAAACUUGGGAGUUUCUGCCGUUGCUUAG